AUAGUUUAAAUUUGAAUAUAGAAUGAAGUAUUCAUAUGAUAUGAUAUUCAAUAUAUUUGACAAAUAGUUAUCAUUAGUUGAUUGUAUAGUUAGACAAGUGUUAGUAAUUUCGUUGUUUUAAUGUCUAAUCGAUUCAAUUAUUGAUAAACUGAUGACUUUUAGUACUAAACACUUAAAUAACUAAUAAUUUUGUUUUGAUUUCAAGUGAUUGGCAUUUGUUGUAAAAAUCUAAUAAAAUAUUGACCGCAAACUAUGGCCACUUUUGAUGCAUUUUUUCCAAACUUUAGACGCGAUUUGGGACUAGAAGUCUGUCCAUUCAAUUCAAAUCAUAAGAUUAAACCAUCAAAGUAUUCAAAACACGUGAAGAAAUGCGAACAAUUGAACCCCCAUUUGGUCAGAAAAGUGACGGCUUGUCCACCAAAGAGUAUGUUUAUAUCCAUUGAGUCGUUGGCCAAUACAGAUGACACGGGAUAUGUGACAUCUGAAUGUAAUUUAUCGGAUUCGRUCAAUUCGGUCACUGGUUUUAUCGAUGAUUGGUCUGACAAUAACAUAUGUUCGCAAAUUACUAAUGAUAACAAUAUAUCAGUCAAUGACUCGGCUAUUAAUAUAUUGGACGAACACAACGUUGUUGUCGAUGAAGUGGUACCGACUUCUUGUAUAAAUGAAUCAAAUAAUGACAUUCAAAACGAUGUAUUAACACUUGAAGAGAAUCUAAUUGAUUUGACUCCUGUUGUCAACAAUGACUAUACAAAUACGGCUCAAGAUUGUAAUGACUGGAACUGUGGACAACCAUAUUCUCUGAUMGAUACGACCAUUGAUUACAAUAAUUUAUGCGAAGACCAAAUGAGACAAUUGAUUGCAAAUGGUGUCGACACCAUUAUCUUGUGCCGUCUCAACAAAAGUCAGCGAAAAAAGUUUUAUCAACUUAUGAUUGCAGUCAAAGCUGAAUCAAAGGAACUAAAGAAUCGGGCGAUCAAUGAAUUGGUGGCCAUUAAGGACAACCAAAAGACAGAUAUUGACUACACUUGCGAUGAUAUCCGUAAACCACGAACACAUAUAAAUGAUUUAUUUAAAAAUUUGAAGAUUAAAAACAACAAAAACGAUACUUCAAAUAAAAUGAAUAUUAAUUUGGCAACAAAUGAAACUGUUUCGGAUAAAACUGAUGAAAGAGAUGGAAAAUUUGUUGAAAUAAUAAGAGAGUCGAUGCCAACAACCGAUAAAUUUUAUGACAUCCCAGUCAUUGAUUGUAACUCUUGUGAUCAUAAGAUAACUUUGACGCCCGAUGUCAUCAAACAAAUGAAGAUAUGGUGCUAUGAUUGCAGUGCUGUUAAGUUCGGGGGUUUCUUUGAGUGCCAAUCGUGUCAAUUAUGCGGUUAUUUGAGUGAACCCGAAAUGAAAGCCCAUCUCAACAAACAUUUCCCACACAUUAAUAUUAAUCAUUGAAUUAUAUAAUACCGGUAUUUUUCAAUUCAAUUAUUUGACUGACUUAUUAAAGUUAUUAUUAUUUUAAUUGUUAUACUUAUUAGUCGACAAAAAUUUUAUUAAAUUUUAUAAUUUAUUUCAUUAUUAAUUUUAUUGUUAUAGUUUUACAGUUAUAGUUACCAUUAUUAUUGUACUGUUU